GUGAUAUGCCUUUCCUUAUGUGGUAUUUUUGUUGAGUCCUAAACAACAUGGCUGAGUGUGACGAUCUCCCACUUGUCAUUCCGGUCCAAUCUUUGAGUGACCACUUUAUCUGUGCAGUGUGUAUGUCACAGAUGAAGGACAGCCACUUGACCCCCUGCGGACACCGUUAUUGUGGGGAUUGUAUCAAAGAAUGUGUGAACAGGCGGCACAAGUGUCCAUGUUGCAACAACAGGAUCCGAGUAAAUGAUUUGAUAAGAGAUCAUCAGUAUGAUGAACUUGUUUGUUUGUUUAACAGUGAAAGGGAAAAAGCAGAGAAAAAGUAUUUUGAUAUCCUUAUCAAUAAAGCUGCUGAAACUAACCAAGAAGAAAGCCCAUCUAGUUUUUCACCAGUUGAAAAUGUUCUGAAAAGCCAUGUAAAGAAGAGUUUGGUGGCACAUGAAAGAUAUUAUCAGGAAUUAAAACGUGAGCAUAAGCAGAAGCUGGCCCAGCUGGAUGCUGACCACCAAAGAUUGAUAGAAGAAGCUAAAAUGCAGGGGCUAACAGAUGAUGAACUGGAACACCAAAUAGCAGAUUUGAGUCAGAACUACCAGAGGCAUCAGGAAGAAUUAGACCAAGAAUUGUCUGAGUGCUCACAGAUGGUGGCUACAGCUUAUGAUAGGUAUCUUACAGAGCACAUCCCAGACCUGACUGUUCUACCAAUAAAGAUCUCUCUAUGUAUUUUGUGCAAAAAUGUCACUGUGAAAGAUGUCAUGCUAAAACCAAGUGACAGUUUGAAAGAGGUUACUGACUAUCUUAAAUCACACAUGGAAGCUGAGGGUGAUGACAUCAUCGCUUUUGGUGAAAACGUAAAAUAUUUUUGCUUUGGGCCAUUUUCAAAAUACAGCAUAGAUGAGAUGACACAGAAGGUUCAGAGCAUAGAAGCAGGUGGCAUCUCUCUACCAGAUGUGACAUUACUAGAAGAUGACACCCGCCUGAUACUUCGUUAUGGUUUGAAACCAAAAAGCACAAUAGUGGUGUAUGGUAGUGUCCAUUGUAAAAGUGAUCUACCAAAACAGUGCUUUUCAGUAAAUUUUGAGGCCAACAAGGUCUACAAAGUGGACUAUUUCUCUUGCAAAGAAUGUGGUAUCAAUUGGGUUUGUCGGCCAUGCAUGGAGGUUUGUCAUAAAGAUCAUGAGCUUGUGCCAUAUAUAAUGAACCAUCAACCCACAUGGGCAUGCUGUUACUGUCCAAAAAAGAAGAAGUGUCAAUUACAAGGCAAGCCAACCCAAACAUCUCAGUGGCACAAACAAUGGUCUGUGAAAUAAGUAACAACAAACAACUUGAAAGCUUUGACUUAGGACUGGAAGACUUUUUAAGAGGGCAAAAUAGAAUUUACAUGGAUUAUAUUUCAUAACUCUUUUUGUGAAACAUUCCUUUCAGCAAUGUAAACUUUUCACUUUUUCCAGAUUGUUUGAUCAGAAUUGCUUUGUGCUUACAUUUUUGUAGAUGAAAGGAUCAAGCUUUUCUCUACAAAACAUCAAACUUGUUCAGAAUCAUUGUGAUAAUGACCAAUUAAGGUUAAAUGACAAUACCAAGCUAUUUUAAAGAAAAGAUCUACCUUGUAUUUAUAACUUGAGAUGCUAAAACAUGUCAGAGAAUUAUUAUGGAAUUUUUAACUCAAGAAGUUCUUCUGAAGUAAUAAACAAAGUUUGCCAUCAAAAAAGUACAACUACAUGUACAUGUAUGUAGAAAAUAGUACCCAAAGUGAAGGAGAAUUAUGCACAUCUAGCAUUGCAGAUAACAACAUAUGAUAGUGAUCACUACAGACUACUAAAAAUAAAAAGAUGACAUCUAUAUGUACAGACGCAGUCUGUACAUAAAAACUCUUCUUUUCUUUCAAAAUAUAUUGACUGAUGAUACAUGUGAAAGAAAUAGAAAGAAGCUUUUCAUUGUUAUUAUUUUUAUUGAAUAAAUCUUCAAUAAGUUUA